AUGUCGAACAACUUCAUGUUGAAGCUUCUUAUUCUCUUCUUUGGGUGUUUGAAUUUCUUUGGUGCUGUUGCACAAAUAUCCAAGAAGCCAGAUCCGGCUUCUUCGACCCCCCAAAAUGUUGGAUAUCAAGCCAGCACCCUUCUCACCUCUGUUGUCAACAAGGCCGACAUCGUCCCCCAUGAUAUCGAUGCUUCCAAUGCUCAAGGCCAACUUGUCGCCAACGCCACCGACCCUUCCGAUUUGGACAACGAUGAAGUCCUCACCGACGUUGAAGAAGAUGAUGACGACAACGACGAUUACUCUCCUGCCAAUGGGGAUACUGCCAUGAGCAGCGGCUCGAAAGGAGGCAAGAGACUCAAAGCCCACUUGGGUCGCUAUCACAAAGCCGAUUGCGAGAAGAAGAGGCAUCCCAAGAAGGGCAAGAAGAUGAAGGAGGGCAAGUGCCACACACUGCACAAGAACCACUUCAAGUCUUACGAUUUCUGCAUUGGCGAGCAGAAGAAAGACAAGAAGGACAAAAAGGGCAAAGACGACGACGACGACGACGAUUCUGAAGAAGAAAUUCCCAAGGGAUGCAGAAUGAUGAUCUUCUUUGACGGAAAGUGCAAGAAUGAAGCUUCCAGCACCAAUGCUGAGGAAUCCUGCAAGGACAUCGGCGAGGAGGGUGUCGAUGACGACGAUGAUGAUGACGACAAGGACGACAAGAAGCUGCACGCCAGAGACUUGUUGACAAAGAGAGGCAAAGGUCCCAAGUACAAGAGUGCAAAGUUCCUCUGCGAUGGCCUCAACACUUCUGACAACACCACAAAGACCGAGGCCGAGGACAAUUACUACGUUACGAUCACUGUGUCUUCUCAACCCGUCCGUGUCGUGACUGGCUCGUCUUCAAGGUCGUACACUCCAUCUUCCAUCACCGCCACUCGAUCCACAAAGUUAGCCACUCGCUCGUCUUGUUCCGGAGAACCAACUGCCACCAGUACACCAGUCGACGAGAAAGACCCCGACGAUGAAGAUGACGAUGACGACAAAGAUGAUGACGAUAAAGAAGAUGAGAAGGAAGACGACGAUGAUGACAAGGAAACUAGCGCCACCGUAUCUCGAACCUCCAGCACCAAGAAACACAAGUCCAAGUCCCACAAGUCCAAGACGCACACCAAAUCCAAGAAACACCAUUCAAAGACACAAACCGUCAGUGCCACACAGUCUGCACAGGCUACCAGCGGCAGUCCAAGCCCAUGA